AUGAUACAGUCAGUUCAGGCAAUGAAAUCCACCACUUACUCGUCUAAAAAUGAAAAAAAAAAUUUCAAUUGGGACAUUUUUUUCUUGAAUUUACAUCGUAUAGCAUGUUUCAGAGGCCUUUUUCCGCGUUCCUGGACACAUUACUCAGUUCCGGAAUUCGAUUUUAAUUUAUGCAUCCGUCAGAUCUCACCUGUUGUACCUAAUGAUUACAAGUCGUUGUUACAUUUACGUUUCGAAAUGGUACCGGAAAUCCGAGAUGGUCCAGUGAGGGUGUAUGCAAAGCAGAUCAAUUCGAAAUCAAUGCCGGAUCAUCGCGAGGUACCCCUUUCGGGAUUGAUCAAGACUUCAGGCGAUGGAACAACCUCCGUACGUACUUGA